AUGUUAUUAUUAACAUGUGAAACAUUUGCGACGCAUAUUAUCACUGAGAUGAUCUAUGGAAUUCAUCUUCUUCUUAUCCUCCAAUUACCACCAGAUCAACGAAACAACAUUGAUUCUACAAUGAAUAAAAUGCUUGGAUAUUUAAAUGAUCAUAACUCGAGAUUAAAACCAAAUCGAAAAGAUGGACUUGUACUUGAUCAAAUCAUUUCUACUAGAGUUUAUUCGAAUAUAUGUGAUUUAAAUCGAAUGAUCAAAUUCGAAGAUGUUUAUCAAAGAAUACUCGAACUACAGAAGAAUAUUGAUGAACAUCAGUCAUUAAAAUAUAUUCUUACUCCAAUUCAUUGGUUCUAUGAUCAAUAUGCUGUAUACAUGCCAAUAUAUCUUUCAUAUGAAUCAAACGAGAUCGAAAUUCUUGAAAAUUAUCUACUUUCACGAUUUUCUCAAUUGAAAAUAUUGAAUUUUCAUCUUCAAUAUUGUUUGCGUGAAUUAUUUGAAGAACAAAUGAAAGAUCUUCGGAAGAAAUUCCAUCAACAACUUACCGAUAUUAUCAUGAAAAUAUUAACAACUUUCAAAGACUUAAAGACAUUAAUCAUUUCCAAUCAACGAUUUGAUGAACAUUAUCUACAUGUUCCUACCGUUACAGAAUUAACCAAACUUAGUACUUAUUUAGAUAUAAAUGAAAUUAUGAAAAUUUAUCAAAGUAUAACAUUUUGA